AUGCUGACUUUAUUAAUUUCAGGAAGUAAACAACCCGGAAAUGAUAUAGACGUCUAUUUGGCACCGUUGAUAGAUGAUUUAAAGUUGUUGUGCGAUGGAGUGGAUUGUUAUGAUUCUUUUAGUAAAGAAAGUUUUAUACUGAGAGCGUUACUUUUAUGGACAAUUAAUGAUUUUCCAGCUUAUGGAAACUUGUCAAGGUGUUAUGUUAAGGGUUAUAAAGGAUGCCCAAUAUGUGGUGAACAAACAAGUGCAACAAGAUUGAAGUUUUGUAAAAAGACUUGUUACAUGGAGCAUAGAAGGUUUCUACCUACAGAGCAUUAUCUUCGUAAUCAAAUGAAAGCCUUUAAUGGUAAGCAAGAACUACGAGGACCUCCACCAAUAAUGACUGGUGAAGAGAUUUAUGAAGUGAUUCGUUUGAUAAAUAAUAGAUUCGGAAAAUCAGUCACAAAUACCGAAGAAUGUGAAGACAUUGAAAGUAGGGUCAAAUCAAAGGGUAAAAGUAAGAUGAGUAAGAAACGAAAACGUAGAAAGAAACAUCAAGUGAGCAAUGCUGAUUCUUUGAAUACUACAUGUUGGAAAAAUAAAUCAAUUUUUUUUGAAUUGGAGUAUUCGAGACAUUUGUUAGUCAGACACAAUCUCGAUGUCAUGCAUAUUGAGAAAAACAUAUGUGAUAGUUUGAUAGGAACUUUACUCAAUAUUCCUGGAAAAACUAAAGAUAGUAUAUCUGCUCGUCGUGAUCUCGUUCUAAUGUCUGAAUCAAAAAAAGAGCUGGCUCCUAAAGUAGAAGAGAAUCGAACAUAUUUACCUCCAGCGUGUUACACAUUAAAAAAAGAUGAGAAACACCAAUUUUGUGAAACAUUGGCAAAGAUUAAGGUGCCAGAUGGUUUUUCAUCGAAUAUUCGAAAUUUGGUUUCAUUGAAAGAUUGUAGACUACAGGGUCUAAAGUUUCAUGAAUGUCAUGUGUUAAUGCAACAAAUGCUUCCAAUAGCUAUUCGAGGCUUAUUAGAAAACCCCGUGAGAAAUGCUAUAACCAGAAUGUGUUUCUUCUUUAUUGCCCUUUGCUCUAAAGUUAUUGACGUAUCAAAGUUGGAGGUUAUUCAGUUGGAAAUUGUGAAGACUUUGUGCUUGUUCGAACAAUAUUUUCCUCUAUCUUUAUUUGAUAUAAUGGUUCAUUUGGCAGUUCAUCUAGUUAGAGAAGUCACCUUGUGUGAGCCGGUUUGUUUUCGAUGGAUGUACCCUUUCGAGAGGUUGAUGAAAGUUUACAAGGGUUAUGUGCGAAAUCGAAGUCAUCCAGAGGGUUGUAUAGUUGAAUCUUAUAUAGCUGAAGAAGCAGUUGAAUUCUGUUCUGAGUAUAUGGUCAAUGUUGACUCAAUUGGAAUUCCAAUAAGGGCAAGAGAGGGAGUUGUAGAAAAUAUGGGUAUCAACAAUGGGAAACCUACUUUAAUGGAUAAAGAAGAUUGGGAGGUUGCUCAUCAAAAUGUCUUGGAGAAUAAAGUUGAGAUUCAGAAAGAGUUGACCGAUGAGUUGCAUGAAGUUACCGAAACUUUGAGAUGGCUUUCAUUAGGUCCGACUCGAUUGGCAAUUAAGCACGAUGUGUUUAUAAUUAAUGGUUGUAGGUUCAACACUAAAGCUCGUGAUGAUGUUAGGGUCACCCAAAAUAGUGGUGUAAGUAUUGUAGCUCAAACCUUGCAAGUCUCUAGUGCACGUGACAAGAACCCUAUAUAUGGUGAGAUGAAAUUUUAUGGUGUCAUUCAAGAAAUAUGGGAGCUUGAUUAUCGUGAAUUUAGGAUGCCGAUGUUCAAGUGUGAUUGGGUAGACAGCAAAAACGGUGUGGAGAAAGAAAAGUUAGGUUUCAUUAAAGUUGAUUUGAAUAAAAUAGGACAUAAAAAACACUCAUUUAUAAUGGCAAGUUGUAACUCCCUACUACCUUAG